AUGUACAUGUUAUUAACUGAAAGAUUUUUAUACAAAUGGCUUCUGUUAUUUCCAUCUUUAAGUAUUUUAGGUAUAUCAGUUGCCAAUUUACUCGAAUCUUUUACAUUUUGUAAAAUAUCUCUUCUAAUCUUAUCACCUUCUGUAUUAAUUAACAAAUCAUCAAAUCUUACAGAAAAUCCUUUGAAAAAUAAAUAUGAAUUUAUCAUCUUACCAAAAACUGUUAACAAAGUAUCACAAAUAGACAUCCCAUAA